AUGGGCGACCACCACCGCAACGCCAACUUCGCCGAGAGCAACACGAGCACCGGCGAACUCAUCCAAGUGUCCUUCCACACUGCCCGCCCGCCCCAAGUCUCCCACUUCUGUGUCCACUGCCCAGACCUUGGACCCGCCGGUUUUGUGGUGCCUCCCAAGGUUAUCAGCGCGGAUUCAGAUCUCAUCCUCUUCCAGGUUUCCGUGUGCCCCCAGGUCCGCUUCAACCCGCGUUACUGCGACUACUUCCUCUACAGGGCGCACCCUCGGAACCCAUCACUCUACCUUCUUCCGCACCCGUACCCCAACUUCUUCAAAGACGAGGAGGUCGCCCUCCUCAGCUUCAGCGACGGGUAUGCCGUCGCCGCUCUCACCAGAAACUACUUGAAAUUGACUCCUAAUAAGGAGUUCAAUCUCUACCUUUACCGCUCCUCCAAAGCUCAGGAGGGGUGGACCUCCAAGGUGGUGUCGGUGGCAGACCCAAUGAGGGACAAGGUGUUGCCUGUGUAUUGUGCGCCGUAUCAUGAGACAUCAAAGGUGAUCAUACUCGGGCGAGGCGAGCUUGGCAUGGUCGGCUGGGUUGACCUCUGGCGUGGCAUCCUAGUCUGCAAUGUGCUGGAGGAGGAUCCCGCACUCCUCGACUUACCACUGCCUCUGCCAGCGGAUGGUAACAGGAGAUUCUACCACAAAUGCUCCCCACACAUCCUUCGGGACAUCACUGCCAACCUGCUUAAAGAUUCCAUCAAGUACAUUGAGGUCGAAAAUCCACAGAAAAAUGUGGUUAGCCCAGACUACCCUCUUGAUUCCUCUGCUCACCAAAAGCAGCACAGAGCACCCCGUACAGCUUGGAAGGCCACCACAUGGAGCCGACCGAUCCCAAUUGAUCCAUCCAAGGACUGGCAUCUUGACUACACCUACGAUGUUGCUCACAUCACUAUUGACCCAUUGCAUUGUGAGCAGCUGCCUAGGCUGCGGGGUACCGACGACAACCCCUCCAAGCCAACAUUACCGGCACAACUCAUUGGUUUUCCCACCUUGAGCAUGGAUGAUGACGUUUUGUACCUGAUGUUUAUCGCAUACCACACCGGCCACGGCGGCCAGGACGUGGUGAUUUCUAUUGACAUGAGGAAGAAUAUACUGCAAGGAUUUGCCAAUCUUGUGUCAGGAAAAGAUUUCACUUUUAUGCGUUACUGCACCAGUGAAAUCUCCAAAUAUCUUAGCAAGGAUGAAGGCACGAGAGAAGCUUCAGAAACAAGGUUGCUACAGGAAAAGACUUUGCUUCUAUGCGUAUCUGCACCAAGUGAAAUAUCCAAAUAUCUUGGUAAGGGUGAAGAACGCAAAGAAAAGAUAGACGGAGGAGAUGCUCGGGGAUAAUGUGCGGACAUUACACUCGCGAGAAAAGUUUCUGUGACCCUACUUCCACCUGUGUACUUUUGCCAGUCCACGAGUGAAGUACAUCAUCUUAUUGCCAGUCCAUGCAAUCUGCCUCUCGGAAGUUUAUUCUCCAUCUUAAAUACCAUUUAGAACUGCCGGUCAUACAUGGUGGUAUGCAUUUAUGUUUGAUCAGGGAGUGUUUAAAUAUUAGACGUUUUA